AUGUCGAGCUCCAUGUCUCGCUCGCUCGGAUUCGCGCUCCGAUCCGCAUCGCGGUCUGCCGUCGCCGGCUCUUCCAAGCAGCUUCUUACAGCCACCGCAGCGCCUGCGUCGCGCGCCAUGAACUUCUCCACCACACGAGCCGCCUUCAACUCGGCGAGCUCCAAGAAGGAGCAGGACAACCAGGCAUCCGGUGAAGCCAUGGGGGCCACCGACAAGUCCGGCGCCGCCGACACCGAGGCUCUUCAAACCCAACUCAAGGAGAAGGACGCCAAGAUCAAGGAGCUGCAAGAAGCCAUCCUGUACGGCAAGGCGGACUAUCAGAACCUGCAGCGACGAAGCAAGGACGAAAAGGCGCAAGCGGGCGACUUUGCCAUCACCAGGCUCGCCAAGGACCUCACCUCCUCCAUCGACAUCCUCGGUCUCGCACUCAGGUCGGUGCCCGAGGAGCUCCGAACCGCACCCAAGGACCUCGACACGAAGGACCCGCGCCGCGUGGUCGCCGACCUCUACUCGGGUGUCGACCUGACCUCCAAGUCGUUGCUCGACAUGCUCCGCACCCACGGCAUCGUCCAGUUCGACCCCACCGGCGAGAAGUUCGACCCCAAGGAGCACGAGGCGCUCUACCAGGCUCCCGUUCCCGGCAAGGAGCCCGGCACGGUGCUCGAGUGCAGCAAGCUCGGAUACAAGAUCAAGGACCGUCUGCUGCGUGCCGCCGAGGUCGGCGUCGUCCAGUCCAGCUGA